GGCCCGCUCCCUCCCCGCAGAGCAGAGCCAGCGACCCGAGUCGAAUCCCCGGGGCCGCGCCUCGAUUCCCCUCCAGCAGCUGCUCUAGGGUGCGCAGGGUUCUUGCGCUCGGCCCCAGAGCCUCAGCCGCGGCCGCAGCUGUCCGACGUGUCACUGCAAGGGCCCCGCCCCCGGGGUGGGGUCUCGAGCUCCCGCUACCGGAGAGGGAGGAGAAGGGGGAGGUUAAAGGGGAAGGGCCCCCGGAAGUGCCCCCACCUCGGUGCGGGAGAGGGAGACGCCGGGGGCGGAGUCCCCUGCCUCCCGCGGCGUGGUUGGUGCGUCCCGGGUGACGUCAGAAGCAGCCCGCCCCUGCCUGGAUGGUGCGCCCUGAGUGACGUCAGGAGCAGAGGCCGGAGCUGUCCAUCAGCACCAAAGGCCGCGGGCGGGCUCAGGGCAUGGGGCCGCGGUUCUGGGGCGGCCCGAGCCCCGGCUCCUGCUCCUUCCCCUUCCCCAGGCCCAAACCGAGUUCCCGGACGCCGCGGGACUGGAGUGCCAGCCGGUGUUGGAGGUGGAGCGGCGCCGCCACCGCGCCGAGACCAGUCUCUGCGGCCCAGCAGCCCCCUUCCUCGCACGACGGACUUUCCCUGGACCCCAGUCAAUUGGAGCCUGUGGCGCCCCGCAACCCCGGCCCCUCGGGCGUCUACACAGUCUCUUUCACUCAGAAGCUCAGGUCGCCUCCAGCCCAGGUUAACUUGGGAGGGUGACUCCCUUCUAUUCCCAGCAUUAUGCCGGGGACUGUGGCAACACUGCGGUUCCAGCUACUGCCUUCUGAGCCAGAUGAUGCCUUCUGGGGUGCCCCUUGUGAACAGCCCCUGGAGCGCAGGUACCAGGCACUGCCGGCCCUCGUCUGCAUCAUGUGCUGUUUGUUUGGAGUCGUCUACUGCUUCUUCGGUUACCGCUGCUUCAAGGCAGUGCUCUUCCUCACUGGGUUGCUGUUUGGCUCGGUGGUCAUCUUCCUCCUGUGCUACCGAGAGCGGGUGCUAGAGACACAGCUGAGUGCUGGGGCGAGCGCGGGCAUCGCGCUGGGCAUCGGGCUGCUCUGCGGGCUGGUGGCCAUGCUCGUGCGCAGCGUGGGCCUCUUCCUGGUGGGGCUGCUGCUCGGCCUGCUGCUCGCAGCUGCUGCCCUGCUGGGCUCCGCACCCUACUACCAGCCAGGCUCCGUGUGGGGUCCACUGGGGCUGCUGCUGGGGGGCGGCCUGCUCUGUGCCCUGCUCACUCUGCGCUGGCCCCGCCCACUCACCACCCUGGCCACCGCCGUGACUGGUGCUGCGCUCAUCGCCACUGCCGCUGACUACUUCGCCGAGCUGCUAUUGCUGGGGCGCUACGUGGUGGAGCGACUCCGGGCCGCUCCUGUGCCCCCCCUCUGCUGGCGAAGCUGGGCCCUGCUGGCACUCUGGCCCCUGCUCAGCCUCAUGGGCAUUCUGGUGCAGUGGCGGGUGACAGCUGAGGGGGACUCCCACACGGAAGUGGUCAUCAGCCGGCAGCGCCGACGCGUGCAACUGAUGCGGAUUCGGCAGCAGGAAGAUCGCAAGGAGAAAAGGCGGAAAAAGAGACCUCCUCGGGCUCCCCCCAGAGGUCCCCGGGCUCCUCCCAGGCCUGGGCCCCCAGACCCUGCUUAUCGGCGCAGGCCAGUGCCCAUCAAACGCUUCAAUGGAGACGUCCUCUCCCCGAGCUAUAUCCAGAGCUUCCGAGACCGGCAGACCGGGAGCUCCCUGAGCUCCUUCAUGGCCUCACCCACAGAUGCGGACUAUGAGUAUGGGUCCCGGGGGCCUCUGACAGCCUGCUCAGGCCCCCCGGUGCGGGUAUAGCCAUAUCUGCCUGUCUAGACUCUGCAGUCACCAGCUCUGCCAGCUCGGGGAGGCCUGCUAGGCUGCCACUUAGCCCCCUGGCUUUGGCUGUCCCUCUCCCCAGCCUGGAGAGGGCUGGCCUGGUCACUAGAAGGGAGGAUUGUCUCAGGCGAGUCUUGGCCUGAGAGGAAAGCCCCCUCCCAAGCUCCCAAGAGGCUCCUGAGGAACUCGGGGUGUGAACCCCAUUGGGGUGUGCUCAGGGUUGUGAGUGUGUUGCCCGUGUGUCUGUGUGUAUGUGUGCAGGGGUGGGCGGGCUUGGAGGGGACGCUGGGACCCUUGCCUUAGAUUUCUGACUGGUAGGGUUUCUCCAGGCUCAACCCCACCUCCUCACCCCCUGCCGGGGUCCCAUGGGCCACCUCCUGCAUGUCUCCGCGGAGGGGCUACCUUCCUUCCCAUCGCCCUGCCUCCCAGCCAGACUCAUCUAAGGGUUCUUGUCCUUGUCUAUGGGGCAAACUGUAGCACCCCUCACCCUGGUCCCCUGGCCUCUGCAAAGCCACCAGCCUGAGGGCAGUGGCAGGAGAUGGGGGUGGGGGGUGCUGCUCUGGGCUGGGUUGGGAAGGGAGUUGGGGAGGGGCUGAAAUGCACGGUGCAUGUCUGGUGUCUGUCAUGCCAACCUGGACACCUCAUGCUUCUGUCUCCCCCACCCCACUCUGUUUUACAUCUUUUAUAAAUGUGCCAAACUGCGUGGCCUCUGCCAGGAA